AUGGCAUCGUCACCGGCACCAAACCCAUUAUCUGCCCACGUCGCUAAAGGCUUCCCCAUAAUCCUGGACGGCGCGCUAGCAACAUACCUGGAGACUUUGGGAGCAGACAUAAGCGGCGCAUUGUGGUCCGCAUCCAUACUGCUUGAUCAGCCAGCCCUCAUAAAACAAACACAUCUCGACUACUAUCGCGCAGGCGCAAAUGUUGCAAUCACAGCAUCCUACCAAGCCUCCAUUCCGGGACUAGUCAAGCACCUGGGCUUGAGUGAAGAAGAAGCCCGGAAAGUCGUAAGCAAAAGCGUGGAACUAGCCCAGCGAGCAAGAGACGAAUAUGUCACCGAGACAAAUGAGGAUGUUCGAAGUAAAUUGUUCAUAGCGGGGAGCGUAGGCCCGUAUGGCGCAUUCCUUUCAGAUGGCUCAGAAUACCGAGGCGACUAUUCCAUUCCUCAAGACGAAAUGAAGGACUUCCACCGCGGCCGCAUCCAAGCCCUCGUGUCCGCCGGCGCCGACAUCCUAGGCAUCGAGACGAUACCAUCCAAAGGCGAAACUGAAGCUCUCCUCGACCUGCUCACCACAGAAUUUCCUAACACGGAAGCUUGGUUUGGCUUCACAUUACGGGAUGGCUCUCACAUCAGCGACGGCACACCCAUCUCUGAGAUCGCAGCACUUUUUGAUGAUGUGGAACAGGUAGUUGCUCUAGGCUUCAACUGUGUGCCAGAUGAUUUGGGGUUGGCUGCUCUGAAGACUUUGAAGCCAUUGGUGAAGAGGGGGACCUUGAUGGUGUAUCCCAACUCUGGUGAGCAAUGGAAUGCGAAGGCGAGGGAGUGGGAAGGCAAGAGAACGGAAGGUUCGACGUUGGCUGAGAAGACGAUGGAGUGGAACGAGGCUGGAGCUGGUCUUAUCGGAGGGUGCUGUCGGACCACACCCGAGGAUAUUGGUAUCAUGAAAAAGGCACUCGAGAAAGGGAACUAA